AUGGAGCAGGAAAAACCAUGGGCGCUGAUCUCACAGGUCGGGGGUGACUUUGGGUACCUGGAAGAGCUCGCAGACCUCUUGACACAACACUUCCAAAUCGUCUGCCAACAAGAGCUUCUAGACAACCCAACUCUCCAUGGUCCCAGAAUUCAGGUCCUGUUUAUAUGGAAGUAUUUCCCUGCAGCCGAGCAUGCGCUGCUCAGAUUGCUUCCUUCCCUCAAAGUGGUCGCCAGUGGAGGAGCGGGCACUGACCACCUGGAUCUGCCGUUCAUCGGCGGUCGAGGGGUGAAAGUGGCCAACACACCAGGUGUGGUUAGCGACGGAACUGCUGAUCUUGCCAUGGGUCUGCUUCUGGCGUCAGCUCGCAAGAUCCUCGAGGGUCAUCACAUAGCUAUUGACCCAAAGACGGUCCAUAUGCCGCAAAGCCUGAUGGGAGUUGAAGUCACCGGGUCGACUCUGGGGAUUAUCGGAAUGGGAGAUAUCGGACACAGAAUCGCCCAAAGAAGCUGUGGAUUUCAAAUGAAGAUCCUGUAUCACAACAGGACCAGAAGGAGUGUAGAGGAAGAGCAGGCGGUUAAAGCCAGUUACUGUGAGCGGCUGGACGACCUGCUGCGGUGGUCGGACUUCGUCAUGAUAGCCGUCAGACUGACCUCGGCCACGGCAGGUCUGAUUGGCCGAAGAGAGCUGUCCCUCAUGAAGCCCACUGCAACGCUGGUCAACAUCAGCAGAGGUGAAGUUGUGGACCAGGAUGCUUUAGUGGAAGCUCUCCGCUCGGGAACGAUUCGGGCUGCGGCUCUAGACGUGACUCAUCCAGAACCUUUGCCAAGGGAUCACCCACUCCUCCGCCUGCCCAAUGCGCUGAUCACCCCCCACAUCGGGAUCAAUACAAACAACACAGCCAGGAGGAUUGUGGAGAAGAUGGUGGAGAACGCCCUGGCUGCACUGAAAGGAUUACCUGUCCCCAAUGAAGUCAGGCCACAGUGA